AUGGAAGCUACAGAUAACAAGAUUAACGGUAACGCCUCUGAGACUAUCAAGGAAAAUGGACACUCGACGAAGGGAAACGAGGACAAGAAGAUCUUUGUUGGUGGGAUCUCUCCAGAAGUCAACAACGAAGACUUGAGCUCUCACUUCACCCAAUACGGAGAAGUUUCUCAAGCACAGGUUAAAUACGAUCGAACCAAUGGACGCUCCCGAGGAUUCGCAUUCGUCGAAUUUACCACCGGAGAAGGAUGCAAGUUGGCUUUGGCUGCCCGCGAACAAACUAUAAAAGGAAAAUCUGUCGAGGUGAAGCCAGCCAAAUCCCGGGAAAACAAGAAGGUGUUCGUUGGAGGUCUUCCAUCAGACUACAGCGAGCAAGAACUUCGCUCACAUUUCGAACAAUUCGGAAAGGUCGACGACAUCGAAUGGCCAUUUGACAAGCAAACUAAGACCCGUCGUAACUUCGCUUUCAUCGUAUUCGAAGAAGAAGAGUCCGCCGACAAGGCUUCUUCCCAGACAAAGCAAACCUUCGGAACCCGCGAAUGCGACGUGAAGAAGGCUGUCCCACAAGGAAAACGAUUCCCAGGAGCCCAAGGGCGUAUUCCAGGAGGUCGUGGAAUGUAUGGAGGACGAGGCGGAAACAACAAUGCCGGAUGGUACGCUGGCUGGGGACAGAUCGGAGCAAUGCCAUACGGAGCCGCAGCUACUGCUGGCUGGGGAGAUUGGUAUGGAAACAAUUUCUACCAACAACAAGCAGGUGGACACCAUAAUAACAGUGGAUCUUCCCAAGGAUAUGGAAGUGGAUACCAGAGAAAUAACAGUGGUUUCGACUACCAACAAGGGCAGGGAGCCAGACAAAACAGCAAUGGCCAGCCCCGUUUCCAGCAACAACCACAACAACAAGCUGCCCAAGCUCAACAGUUCUAA